AUGGGAGACGAACUAGACCUCUGGAAUGUCCUCACCAAUCUCGCAGACGACUAUCAAACGCCAGAGGCCGCUCGACCAGAGGCCUCGACGGUCCUCCUCAGCCUUCCCAACGAGCUUUUACUGAAAAUCAUAAACUACAGUAAAUUCUCCGACGCUCGUUCUCUGGCAUUGGUGUGCAAGAAACUUAAUGCUAUGGCCAUCUACAGACUCUACGCCACCGUCGCGCUCUAUCCCGGCCAAUUUGUACCCAAGGGACUACGCUCAAAGCUCGAAAAGGUCUCUACGGAAGAAUUUUUACGUCUGCAUGCAGACGCAGGUUACCGUCGUGGUGGCCUAGUCGGGGGUCUACUCGCACGACAAGCGCAUUUGGACGCCGUACGAACCCUGAUCAUCUCCGAUCCACCAGGAUCGUGCGUAUCCGACUAUGGACGCCAUGCUAAUGCCAUCGUCAGAGAGGUCAUUUCGCGUGCAAGAGGCCUUCGGCACAUUUCUUUACCGUCCAUGGCAAACUACACGCUCGACCCUGAGAAUACGUUGGCCUUGGAUUUACGUGGUAUUCAGUUCCCAGCAUCCCUGAAGUCGGUAUGCAUUGCCCAACUGCCGCUGGGUCCAACAACAGACUUGCAACCCAUGCUAGCAAAUAUAUCAAGCCUCGACAUUCAAGGACUAAGUCUUCGCCAUUUGAAUUGUACGUGGGACCUUGGUGAUGUCAAAGGCACAAUCCUUGGACUAGAUACAAUCCACAACUUCAUCAGAGCACUAUCUAACCUUAAAACACUCGCAAUAACUGUCUACUACAAUACGACUGACGAUUACAUACGAACAUCAUCUGACAUCUUCGAUUUCUACGCCGAUGUGAUAAAGCCGUUGAAAAGUCUCCGCAAGUUGACAGCUCUCCGGUUUAUGCUAGGCGGAGACUACGACCGUGAUGAACUAGACCUAGAGCCCUCGAGGGUACUUCGGUUCACAAAGGCCCACCCAAGUCUUGAACAGCUUACAUUGCCAAUAACUUGGUGGACCAACGUCACCUGGAAACGAUGUAUCCAACUGGAGGAAGACGAGGAGACGGUCGUUUGGUUACCGGAUCCAGCCAUACAUUCAAGAUGGAGGAUAUGGUUCGACAUGUACACCAUUCCGGAAUUGGUCGGACAGCGAAUGCACCAAUUCUGGGGAAGUGAGAGGCGGAUCCCUUCCAUUGUCGAUCUUCAAAAAUGGUUCUACCGGGACGGAAAGGGACCAGGAUCUUGA